GCAUUCCUGGUGUAAUAUCAUUAGUUAAACAUUCCUCUUAUCGUGGCUUCUUAUCAUUGCUGCCAAGUUGGGCUGAAGAAUGGUCUCUCCCCCUCUCAGUCUCUCCAUCUCUCACCCCUGGUCUCUAGCUCUUUGUCAGCCUGGAGGCAUCUGUCUUUGAACCACAGGGAAUGAGAGGUCAAGUGUAGGUGCUCUGUUAACACCUGCGCAUUAAACCAAACUAGAGAGAGCGAGAGAGAGAGAGAGAGAGAGAGAGCGAGAGAGACUCCCUCCCUCCCCUUGCUUCUUCUCUCCAGUUUUACUUCCAGCUGUUCCUUGCAUACCUCUACACGUCGCAGUCGGCUGGACCCGCCGGCUUUUUUUUUUUUUUUUUUUUUUGGCGCUUGUGUGUUUUUGGAGAAUGCGUAAAAGGCUUUCCCAGACAUCCACAGGUUACGUAUGCCGCGCAGAGAAUGCUUAAUACAGAGAAAGCAGUGAAGGAAAAAACUGAACAAAUAUCUUCGAAAGUUUGUCAAGCGACGAAAUCCUGGAUCUUAGACCUGCUGCACAAUUUUCUGCGCUAUGACAGAGGUGGCCAGUCCAGCGUCCAUAAUGGACUCUGAGAGGAUGUUCCAACCAGAGUCAGAUCAAAUGUCUCCAACUGAACCCAAGUCCCCACCUUUGGACUUGAUUGACACAGGGAAAGGGUUAAAGGUCCAGACAGCAACGCCCCAUCUGGUGAGCCUGGGCAGUGGGCGACUGAGUGUGGCAAUCACUGUCCUGCCACUAAAAGAAGGGGUGACGCGGAUAGGCAGAGAAGAUGCUCCAAUCCCUCAAGAUAUCACAAUCCAGGGACCUGGUAUAGAGGCAGAGCACUGUCUUAUCUUCAAUGAAGGUGGUGUGGUUACUCUGGACCCCUGUGGUCACCUCUGCAGUCUGGAUGGUGUACAAGUUACUGUUCCCACACCGCUCACACAGGGUUAUUCCCUGUGUCUGGGUAAGUCCUAUUUCUUCCGGUUCAACCAUCCUGAGGAGGCAAACAGAAUGAAGAGCAUGCUUCCGCAAAAGAGUCCAGUGUCUGCUCUAGCCUACAAUACAGACUACUUGAAAUUUAGCAGUGACUAUAGCCAUGCAGUGGUGGGAGGGACCACCAGUGCCAGGGGCAUGCGAUCAGCAUCUGAACUUCGGGACUUGAUGGACACCCUUCAGCGGAAGAAGAUCGCCCUGGAGAACAGCCUGAGAGCCAAUGGAAAUGCUAACCCCUCCUACUUCAGUGUGACACAGUCUCCGCCCACCACACCUGUCACCACUCCUUCAUCCUCGUCCUCCUAUCAAGAACAGGCAAGACGUUUCUAUAGCUCAGACCGUCCACCUAUCUCACUUAAAACUGCUCCUCCUCUUUCCCCCGCCCGACGAUCUGACCCCUCCUCUUCCCGAUCCUCGGCUGGACGCAACCAGGAAAAUUUGCUUCAUGGCAUUAGUGAUACUCGGCGACUGCACAAUCCUGGCUCUUCGCCUUUAUUGUCCACUUGGAACGGCGGAGGUUCAUCUAAUUCUGUUGCUGGGAGUGAUAGCUUCCUCCUCACACUUCCUCCAUCCUCCUCAUCACACACUCCAUCGUUGGGAGGUGCGGUCAGCAUGCCGUCAAGCCCUCGUCUUGGACGCCGCAGCUAUGGCAACCAAGAGCCAGCAUCCAGCGGUCGAACCAGAAAGUACUCAGCGGGUUCGCUUAAUGGGAUGAUGGUAGGAGGGCACAGCCGCUCGCUGCCACGUCUCUGCCCUUCCCCAUCGCCCCGUGACAACAAUGGAGUGCUAACCUUGUCAACACUGUCUUCAAGGCGUUCUGACAUUUCUGGCGGGUACAAACUUCGCAAGGACAGUUACAAUAGCAGUCAGAACGUUAAUCCUGACUUCAACCACAACUCUAAUAACAUUAGCCAGCAGUCCUCCAUCAGGAGUCAAACCCAGGGCACUGCUCAAGGAGAAGGUGUUGUUUCUAUCUCCUUGUCCACCCCUAAAGGUUUACCCCCCACUGCCACCAUUUCCCCUUCACCUGCCCCACCAGAUGUGACCAUUCCCUCGAGGUCAGGUGGUUCAUCUUCCCCUCGUGUGGCUAAAAAGCUCAGCCUAACUUCCACUAGUUCAAUGGGCUCCACAAGCUCUGCAAAUUCCAGCCCUCCAGACCAGGAAAGACUGAUGAGCCAUGGAGUCUCCCCAGGAAUGGAAGUGUCUUUGGGUGAAAGGGAGAGGUGUGGGGUAGGUCUAGAACUCACCACUACCCCAGGGCUUGGAUUUGGAGAAAGAAGGGCUUCGUUUGGAAAAGCAGGAGUAGAGCCAGGGAUGGGGCUUGGAGAGAGGAGACAAUCAUUUGGAAAGGCAGGAUUUACGCCACCAGGGGGCUUCAGGGAAAGAAGGGGCAGUAUCAGCUCACUGAGUGGAAAGGAGGAACUGACGGACUACCACCAGAGGCAAAAAGAGGAGAGACUCCGUGAACAGGAGGUGGAAAGACUGGAGCGACAGAGGCUAGAGACGAUCUUGUCUCUGUGUUCAGAACUGGGUCGGUCUGAGAGGGAUGAAGGAGGCACAGCUACGAGUCCCACUUCUGCUGUAGCAGACCUACAAAAGAUCAACCAGGAGCUCGAGAAGCUUCAGCUGAGUGAUGAGGAUGACGACACACCGUCUGUCUUUUCUGACUCUUCAGUUCUCAACGGAAUGACUGGAAAUGGACAUUUAACCUCACCUGGAUCAGAGAACGGUUACUAUAAUGAUGAUCUACAGGUACGACAGAGGCGCAGCAGUGGUACCCGUGACAACAGGGCAGAAUCACCCGCCGUCAGUCUCAGAAGCUUUGCACCCUCACCCUCUCCGCGUACACAGAGGACAAAUGAGGCUCUAGAUGAAGCCACUCGUCGCCGAGGACAGGAAGCACGGCCUUCAGAGAAGGAAAUCAGACGUGUGGAAGAGGAGAGGAUCCAAGUACUAAACAACAUGGAGGAGCUGGAGCAAAAGAUCAAAGAGCUAGACAACCAAAUAGAGGAAUCUGCCAGAGAGGUGGAGGUUGAGCGAGCUCUCGUGGACGCUGAACAGGAAUCAGAGGCAGCUGCGCUUCAGCAGGAAAAAGAUGCUCUUGAAUCACUUCACAACCAGAUGGCUGACCUAGAGACCAAGUCCCAGCAGGAAAAAGAAAAGGCAUGCGAGUUGCUGCAGGCAGAAAGGGGCAGAGUAGAGAGGUUGGCUCAGAUUGUGUGUGAGCAGCGCUCCCAGCUGGACAGCUGCCCUGAGGCCACCAAGGAGCCCCUGCAGGAGCAGCUAGCCAGGGACUGUGAGGUGCUUGAGACAGAGACAAAGCGUUUUGAGGACCUUGAGUUCCAGCAGCUGGAAACUGAAAGCAGGCAGGAUGAAGAGAAGGAGACUAAAACACAGGAGCUUCUACGGGAAAUAGCAGACUACCAGCGAAGCACUGUCACACGAAAGGAGCGACUGUUAACUCUGAAGAAGCAGGCGACACAGAUUACCCAGCAGGCUCAGAGAGAGAAGGAGAGCUUCUUGAAGGAAAGAAGCAACCUGGAAGCAAUGCUGCAAAGGGAAAAAGAAAACCUUGCUGCACUGGAAAGCAAGUAUGCAGACCUCACUGGUGGGCGCAGCUUUACUCUGAGGGAGGACACAGCCUCUCUGGCUGAUGUGUGUCAGUCAUUUAGCGGUCACUACCCUGACACCACCUCUGCCAUACUUUCUCCUCCUCCAGUCAACUUCUGCGCCCUUUCAUCCCUUCUUUCCUCUCUUUAUCUCAAGAAUGCUGAGGGAUAUGUCACAGUCAGUGAGCUCAAUGAGCUUUACUCACAGCUUGGGGGAGACCCUAAACCCGCCCUUGCCCCUGCUCUGACCAAUGCCUCUUCUGACUCCGAGGCAAACCCCUCCCCUGACGAUGAGACCCUCAAACCAACGGAGGAUGAGCUCUGUCAUUCUUCUUCACCUGCCGACUGUCACUCCUCUUCUUCCUCCUCUGACUCCUCCAAUCUUAAUCCCCGCCCCCUUCCCAAAACACCCUCUGUGCACUGGCCAGAGAUCAUGGUGACGUAUCGAGACCCCUCUCCCCUCCCUGACUCCCCCCCACCUCCUCUUCCUGUCAAAAAACACCAUCACCGACACAGGCAGCAUUUCCGUUUGCUUGAGGAGAGGAAGAGGUUUGAGAAGGAAUGUGGGUCCCACCUAAGUGACACAUUACCCAGGAAGAAAACGACACCGACCAUGGGCCCCCAGUUCACAUGUGCAACACUAGGAAGAAGCUUUCCAACAAAGCCCCAUCAGCCCCUGGUUCAGAGCACAAGCUGUGGCAGCAUUCUCCCCAGAAUUUUGUCCUUAUCCAACAAGGAAACAGAAUCGCGACGUCUGCACAAAGGUCAGCCUGGCUCACGAGCAGCUUCCCAGACAAACGUCUACCUCGAUGGCUUUGGAUACCGUGACAACCAAGCCUUUGACACAAUGAGCGUGGAUAGUAACGACUCCAUUGAAACCAGCAUCUCAGCUUGCUCUCCAGACAAUGUGUCCAGUGCCAGCACAUCAAAUGUGGCCAAGCUCGAAGAGAUGGAACGUCUGCUGCGAGAGGCUCAAGCAGAGAAGCACCGCCUCCUCGAACACAAGGAGCUAGAGAUGGAAGUGCGAAAGCAGGCUCUGGAGGAGGAGAGGAAAAGGAGGGAGGAGCUGGAGAAAAGGCUUCAGGAGGAGACGAGUAGACGACAGAAACUCAUUGACCGUGAGGUGAAACUACGAGAAAAACAAAGGGCACAGUCCCGGCCUCUAACUCGGUACUUGCCGGUGCGAAAGGAUGACUUCGACUUGCGUGCGCACAUUGAGUCGGCGGGCCACAGCACAGACACAUGCUUCCACUUGUCCAUCUCUGAGAAGACCUGCAGAGGUUACCUUGUCAAGAUGGGAGGCAAGAUCAAAACGUGGAAGAAACGCUGGUUCGUGUUCGACCGCAACCGACGUACACUCUCCUACUAUGCAGAUAAACAUGAAGCCAAGCUGAAAGGAGUCAUCUACUUUCAAGCUAUUGAAGAAGUUUAUUAUGAUCACUUGAAGAAUGCGCAUAAGAGCCCAAACCCCUCACUGACCUUCAGUGUAAAGACUCAUGACAGGGUUUACUACAUGGUUGCUCCCUCCCCUGAAGCUAUGAGGAUCUGGAUGGAUGUGAUCGUCACAGGCGCUGAGGGCUACACCCAGUUCAUGGUGUAACGACGGCCUUCAGGGAGAUAUCCAACAAGCACCUGAUUCCCUUUAGUGGCUUUAAAGACUUUAAAUGUUUGUCUUCAUGUAUUUUAUUUGUAAUUAUUUGACUCUCUAAAUGUCACAGUGGAUAUUGUCUUUGCUAGAGGAUUAACAAAGUUGAAUUAACAAAGUUUAACAUUUUAUCUAAUGUUACUGCAUCAAAAGGUGCAACAUUGAAGCCACUUGCAAAAUAAUUUGAAUAUCUCACUGUGCCUUUAAGUCAGUUAUGUGUACGUCAAGGUUUGCACGCAGGCAAAAGGCAAAAUUAAAAGAGUUUACCUACAUCCUACAUUGGUAACUUAAGCAGGUCUUUUUUUGGCCAUGAAAAGCUUUUUUUUAAUAAAGGAUUAUGUGGACUUGCCACUGAAAAAUAUUGCUCUCACAGUUUAUUCUCUAUGUAAUGUUAAUAUAUAUAUAUAUAUUAAAAAAAAAACUUUAUCAUCAGUAUCAACCUAAAUCAAGAUUUAUGUCUAAAAAGUGCCUUUACAAUUAAUGAUAUACCUGUCCAUUCUACAACAACGUUAAUUCUUUAAGAGUAUUACAUUCAUACAUGAUAAAAAAAAAAAUCUGAUUUAGUAAAAUGUAUUUUAGUUAGAAUCUUUUUUCAUCUUUAUCAUUUCAUGUAUCAAUACUGUGGCAUCCUCAGGUCUUAACUGUGUGUGUGCAUGGAUGUGCGUACAUGCUCAUGAUUAUUUGUAUAUUUAUACAUAAAAGUGCUCAUAUGUGUGUGUUCUACACCUUCAGUAUGUACACAUAUAUAUUGCUGUGAGUUUUCAGUUCAGCUCCACGGUGCUAAUCAUACAUGCUGAAUGAAACUAAUAUCCCAAGCAACGCCUACAGAAAAGGAUAUGGGGUGUAAUUAUACACUCAACAUGGUGAUUAUAAUGUUUUUUUUAAAUGGAUGACUGAGGUUGUUUUACAAUAGUGUCAGUUUUGCCUCAGUAGUGGAGCUACACACACAACUAGUGUCAAACAAGUUCAUUUCUCAUAAAAGGAGUUUAAAUGAACAAUAGGUAUAAUUUUACAGAGGCUCAAUAUAUGUAUUUGUACAUUUUGCUUUCAAGUUGUACUUAGUCAAAACACCCUUACUAUCAGUGCUGGAGACCUUUUGUGCCUUUUCUAUUAUAUUUUGUGUGACAGUAUUUAAGAUGCAUAUUAUCUAUAUUUUUCAGAACUAGAUGUAUCUACAUAUAUAAUCGAUGCCAAAAAACACAGCGGUGUUAAAAUGGUCCAAGUGGUUUUCUAGAAGGGUUAAGUUGCCUUUUAGGUAGACAAAAAAAGACUGACGAAUCUACGGUACUUUUAAACACUGAUAAUUGUGCUGCUUUGGUCCACUAGCUUUCAUUGCGUUGCUCUUAUUACCACUAAAUGUUCUGGAUUAGUUAAACGGACGAUCCCACAUUGAUCACUAAGCUGCUUUUAUAUGUUGUAUCAGUCUCUACAGUACAUAAAGCUUUUCAUUAGUCAUCUAUUGGCAUUAAAUUUCAUUUUCAUGUACUGACCAAAGUACAUGUGUAUGCGGUAUGAUGUACAUGUAUGUGUAUUGUUUGACUUCAUUGAGUACAGUAAGAUCUAAUAGUUAUGUUCCUGUUUUUAUAUGAGAUAAUGAGCAUAUGGUGAAAUUCUACCAGUUGCAACAUAAUCUUUCAUGAGUGUUUUCUUUUUCUUUUUUCUUUUUUUGAUCCUACUGUAUUUAUGACAUUACUAAUGCAUGUACCUUAAUUUUUUUUAUAACUAUAUAAAUGAUUAAAAAAAAAAUCUGCAUUUACUUUU